UUUGGCUUUUUGAAAAAUUUGCCUUCGGACCUCAAAUCCCAAGCCACGAAGUGUCAAAGAGCUUAAAGAAACCCACACAGAGAAAGAGAGCCUCAGAAACCCUAGCGCUGUUCAGUUGAAUCAAGAUGCCGGUGGAGUCUAGAUUCAGGCUUGAGAGGCCGUUUGACAUUGCGGAGGCCUUUUCUCAAAGGCGAUCUGGCUCGCUUGCUGUUCUAAACGAUCAGCGCGUGGAGUCGUUGGAAUCGCCGGCGAGGCGGAGGGCGUUAGCGACACCGGUGCAUCAGAGACGGCUAGGGUUAUGGGCCGCAGGAGGUGAUGGGCUCGCGCGGAGCAGAAUGAGGACACCGAGAGCCGCGAUUGGUCAAGAGAAUGUGCUGCUGGCCGGAAGUUCUAGCCGGAGAAGGGGACGGGGAUCAAACAGUGUGUUGCCUUCUUGGUAUCCAAGAACCCCUCUCCGUGAUAUAACUGCGAUUUCCAGGGCCAUUGAGAGGAGAAGAGCUCGCUUGGGUGAGGAGAAUGGUGAAACUGCAGAGGGUCAAGUUUCAUCUCUACAAGUUCAGGAUGCUCCUCCUGAGCAUCAAGUUCUUGCUGCUACUCCUUCAACCAUUAAGAAGAGACCUUGCCCGCCUCCUUCUGUUCUUAAAGUGCACAAAAUUCUGCUAGAGGUGGCUAAUCAGCCUGAUGAGGGAGAGUUCGUUACACCACAGAAGAAGCUGCUGAACUCAAUUGACAAAGUUGAGAAGGUGGUCUUGGAAGAACUUCAGAGGCUGAAGAGGACCCCGAGUGCUAAGAAGGCAGAGAGGGAAAGAAAGGUUCGAACUUUGAUGUCAAUGCGUUGAGGAGAAAAGUAGUUUGGACAAAGAAGACCGUCUACAGUAAAAGUUAUCACCUUCUGGUGAAUCAUUUUCUACCCUAUGUACUGAUGACCAUAAUCACCUUCUGGUGAUAAUGUGCAGUGAAGCCAUCACCCUCUGGUGAUAAUGGUAGUGAAAUUAUCACCUUCUGGUGAUACCAUCUUGGUUCAAGCCAACUUACCUUUUGCUGACUGCACUUCACAUCUCACUAAGGUGUCUUUAGAAUUAGGGUCAUCAGUAGGCAAUAUCAUCACUGCUGAAGUUCUUUUUUUUUUUUGGAGUUAGUUUAGGGUAGUAACUAUGGUUGAGUUUCGUUACAUCAUUCUUUUAUGCAUCAGGCCAUAUGACCUCUACUUUAGGUGGACAAUUUAGUCUGUAUUGUGUUGAUAAUUCUGGGGAAAUGUAUAUAAAGGCUGUAUGGCAAGGACUCCACUUUUGUAGCAUUUGUUUGGAUCCUUUUCUAACGGUGAUAGUUGUGGAAGCAAGGACUUCCGAAGUAA